ACGACCUGCUUGUUUUUAGGAUGUGCUAUUGCAAUCGCAAAAGUCCAGUCCCUCUGCUUUGGGCCGUAAGGCCAGUUAAGCAUGAAAUAAUUGAUGCCUCUGCCAUUGUUGAGGCCGCCUCACCCACUGGCCAGGGAGUGUGGGAAACCUAAUCUUGCCCUGGACUCAUGGCUUUGUAAUGCUAAUGAGCUCCUAUAAAUAGGGGAGUGGGAGCCACUCUCAGCUCAGACACUGCUUGCCCUCCUCUGAGAAGAACACUCCUCUAUCUCUCUCUCUUUCUUCCUAUCUACAAGAAUGGCUCCCGCCAUCAGCAUGGACUUUGCCAACUCAAAGCUUUCCAACAAGGAGAAACAUAAACUGAGAAAACCGGUUGUGGAGAAAAUGCGUAGAGAUCGCAUCAACACCAGCAUCGAGCAGCUCAAGGCCAUGCUGGAGAAGGAGUUCCACAAACAGGACCCCAACACUAAGCUCGAGAAAGCCGACAUCCUGGAGAUGACGGUGGUCUUCCUGAAGCAGGCGCUGCAGUCCAAAAGCUCGGUCCCCCAGCAGGCCCACAGUGACAGCUACUCCCAGUGCUGGAGGGAGACCCUGCACUUCCUCUCUCUCAACUCCAAGGUGGACACCAGUCUCCUGUCUCUCCUCAACAGAGCGAGGUGUCACUGAAACAAGGCGCCAUCACACAGAAGCCAGUCUGGAGGCCCUGGUAGACAAACUCAUUCAGACCCUCAUGUGAACCUGAUGGCUGUUGAACCAUCAUAGUGUGUAGGAGAUGUAUAUUUCCAAAUGUUUAAUGUAGCUAGUUCUGUUCAUGUUGAAUGGAAUAAGAGCUUGUGCGGUGAUGUUUCUCUUAAAGAGAAGCUAAAUGCUAAAUUAUGUACACUUCACGUUGAAGUAUUUCUUUUGGAAGAAGCUGUUUGCCUUGCAUUGAAUUGUUUAAUGCAGCGGAGGAGCUGUAGCUACUCCACAAUGGCUGGAGCAUAUAUGGAAAUCAUGUUGACAACUGAAUUGUUACUCAGAAUCAGAGUAUUAUAUAUAGUGCACUUGAACCUAUAUUUUGGUGAAUCAUUUUAUAUUGGCGACUAAAAUAACUGUCCUUGUUUUUUUCACAAUGGUGAAAACGUUUAUUUUAGACACUGUGUGUCUGCAUCUGUCACUUAAUAAAAUACUAUAUAUCUUACAUUUCCCUAA